AUGGUUCAAUCAUCUAUUCUCGGGUUCCCCCGAAUUGGAGCCAAUCGUGAGCUCAAGAAAGCCACUGAAGCAUACUGGGCUGGCAAACUCUCACAGCAAGACCUCCUCAACGAGGGUAAGAGAUUAAGGUUGGAACAUUGGAAAAUCCAAAAAGCUGCGGGCAUCGAUGUCAUCCCCAGCAAUGAUUUUGCUUUCUACGAUCAAGUCUUGAGCCAGAUCCAACUCUUCGGCGUCGUUCCAGAAAGAUACACAAAGUACAACUUGGACCCCAUCGAUGAAUACUUUGCCAUGGGUCGAGGUCUGCAAAGACCUGCUGCUGAUGGAAAGCCUGCUGUCGACGUCCCAGCCUUGGAAAUGGUAAAAUGGUUUGAUUCCAACUACCACUACGUCAAGCCUACUCUUCAAGACAACCAAGUCUUCAAGCUUGCCGCCAACCCAAAGCCAGUCGUGGAAUUCCUCGAGGCCAAAGAGGCAGGCAUCACCACCCGCCCUGUUCUUCUUGGUCCCGUCUCAUUCCUCCACUUGGGCAAGGCUGAUCGUGAUCAAUCCAUUGACCCCAUCUCGGCUCUUGACGACCUCCUCCCUCUCUAUGUCGACCUUCUCAAACAAUUGAAAGAUGCUGGUGCUGAGACCGUCCAGAUUGACGAGCCCAUCUUGGUCUUUGAUCUCCCCGCCAAGGUCAAGGCCGCAUUCAAGCCUGCAUAUGAGAAGCUCGGCUCGGUCGGCUCAAAGAUUGUCCUGGCCACAUACUUUGGAGAUAUCGUUCACAACAUUGAUGUUCUUGACUCUCUAAAGAGCCUCUACGCCCUCCACAUUGAUCUGGUCCGCAACCCUGAGCAACUUGAAACUGUCAUUUCUGCCUUGGGCCCCCAACAAAUCCUGUCAGCAGGUGUUGUUGACGGCCGAAACAUCUGGAAGACCAACUUCAAGAAGGCCAUUGAGAUCGUCGAAUCUGCCAUCCAGAAGCUUGGCAAGGACAGGGUCCUCGUUGCCAGCUCCAGCUCUCUCCUUCACACUCCCCACACGCUGACCAGCGAGAAGAAACUUGACCCCGAAAUUGCCGACUGGUUCAGCUUUGCUCACGAGAAGACCGUGGAAAUCGCUACCAUUGCCAAGGCGGUGACCGAGGGUCCAGCUUCAGUCCGAGAGGCUCUUGAGGCCAACGCCAAGUCGAUGCAAGCUCGUGCCUCAUCCAAGCGUACCAAUGACCAGGCCGUCAAGGAGAGACAGAGCAAUGUGACCCAAGAGAUGCACAACCGCAAGUCCGAGUUCCCUGCUCGUAUUGCUGCUCAACAGAAACGUCUCAAUUUGCCAUUGUUCCCCACCACAACCAUUGGCUCCUUCCCACAGACCAAGGAGAUCCGAAUCCAACGUAACAAGUUUACCAAGGGUGAGAUCACUGCCGAGGAGUACGAGAAGUUCAUCGAGAAGGAGAUCCAAGAUGUCAUUCAAGUCCAAGAUGAACUUGGUCUCGAUGUCUACGUCCACGGUGAGCCCGAACGUAAUGACAUGGUUCAAUAUUUCGGUGAACGCCUGAAUGGAUAUGCAUUCACCACCAACGGAUGGGUGCAGUCAUAUGGCUCUCGAUGCGUGCGACCACCCAUUGUGGUGGGCGACAUUUCACGACCAGCUGCCAUGACGGUCAAGGAGUCCAAAUAUGCUGCAUCCAUCUCCAAGAAGCCCAUGAAGGGUAUGCUUACAGGUCCCAUCACCUGCCUGAGAUGGUCUUUCCCUCGUGAUGAUGUCCAUCAAUCUGUUCAAGCUCAACAGCUGGCACUUGCUCUUCGUGACGAGGUUGUUGAUCUUGAGAAGGCUGGUGUCUAUGUCAUCCAGGUCGAUGAGCCCGCUCUUCGUGAAGGUCUCCCUCUUCGAACUGGUACUGAACGGACCAACUACUUGAAGUGGGCCGUCGACUCAUUCCGCCUUUCAACAGCGGGUGUCGAGGAUGGAACACAGAUCCACAGCCAUUUCUGUUAUUCCGAGUUCCAGGACUUUUUCUAUGCGAUUGCAGCACUUGAUGCCGACGUGUUGUCAAUUGAGAACAGCAAGUCUGAUGCCAAGUUACUCAAGGUGUUUGUGGAUGAAGCUUACCCUCGUCACAUUGGACCUGGUGUGUAUGACAUUCACUCUCCUCGGGUUCCAUCCGAGCAAGAGAUCCACGACCGAAUCCAGGAGAUGUUGGCAUUCUUGAAGCCUGAGCAAUUGUGGAUUGAUCCUGAUUGUGGGCUGAAGACCCGACAGUGGAAGGAGACCAAGGCAGCCUUGACCAACAUGGUCAACGCGGCCAAGAGCUUCCGUGCUCAAUAUGUUAAGUAA